UGUGGCAUUUUUCUUAGGGAUAGUAAAGCACUGAAGGAUGAAAAUCUACCUCCUGUCAUCUGCCAGGAUGUUGAAAAUCUCCAGAAAUUUGUGAAGGAACAAAAACAGGUCCAAGAAGAAAUUAGUAGAAUGUCUUCAAAAGCAAUGCUUAAAGUACAAGAAGAUAUUAAAGCUCUGAAGCAGCUUCUCUCAUUGGCUGCCAGUGGAUUACAGAGAAACACUCUCAGUAUUGACAAAUUGAAAAUAGAAACUGCUCAGGAGUUAAAGAAUGCUGAAAUAGCUUUAAGAACCCAGAAAACCCCACCUGGACUUCAACAUGAAAAUACAGCUCCUGCUGACUAUUUCAGAAUCUUGGUUCAGCAAUUUGAGGUACAGCUUCAGCAGUACAGACAGCAGAUUGAAGAACUAGAAAAUCAUCUUGCCACUCAAGCAAAUAAUUCACAUAUAACCCCUCAAGAUCUGUCAAUGGCUAUGCAGAAAAUUUAUCAAACGUUUGUAGCUUUAGCUGCACAACUUCAAUCUAUUCAUGAAAAUGUAAAG